AUGGAAAUGAGGCGAAGGGUGGAAGACGCUGUGAAGGAAAACUUGGAGGCGUUUGGGAUUACGGUGGACACCUUCUUCAACGCGUUGGCAACCACCGACUCAGCCUUGGUUGGGUCGACCGUUCUUCGAAUCCUUUACAGGUGCACACCGUACGAGGAGGAGCACAAAGACAACUUCCGGUUGACCGUCGUCGUUCCGGCGGGUCGUGUGGAUCGAUUCCUAAGAGCCAUUGGCUUGGAAAAGGCGGAAGCCGUCUGGAUGGAGGUGAACUCCGGAGCGGAGCCUUGCGUUGUGUCAGUGCGCGAGGUCUGUAGCGACUUUAUACACGAAGUAUCCCAUAACACCUCGGCGAGCGACUGCUUUUCAACGGAAGACGAAAUGGAUCGUACUCAUCCUAUACCGGGCGAAGAGGGCAGUGGUCGCAGAUGCAUAAUUAAGGUCGUAGAGUCUCGCGGAUCGAUACUUCAGGCUGUCGUCUCCAGUCAUUCAACCGAGGACAUGGCCCUGCUAACGGCGACGCGAAUGGUGAUACUAUUCCCCUACCUUUUGCUCCAGAACGUAGCGCUUCGCAUCACUCGUUACGGUAACGAAAGGAACGGGGCGGCGAUCUUGUUCUGGAAUGGGGAGGAAGAAAGGGCAAGGAGGGCAGCGUACGAACAAAGCCGGGGCAGGUGGGUGUGGGGAAACGGGUGUGGUUGGGAGACAGACGUUGAAGGGGAGAACUGGAAUGGGGAGGACGUGAGGAGGUAUGCGUUCACGAUUGGAUCUAGGACACAUGUUGGAAUGGUCACUUGGUGA